GAUGUCUCCCACCUUACUGUACUGAUAUCCGACCGGUAGGCGGCGACAACACUGCAUGCUGCCCUGUCAGUGUGCUACCGAAAACAUUUCCCUCAAAAAUAACAAUGAAAGCAAUCAUCCAGAGAGUUACAAGAGCGUCCGUGACAGUGGGAGAUGAGCAGAUCAGUUCAAUAGGGCGAGGUGUGUGUGUACUACUGGGGAUAUCUGUGGACGAUACACACGCCGAUGCGGAGUAUAUAGUACGUAAGAUACUCAAUCUGCGGCUUUUUGAGGACGAGAACGGGCGGGCAUGGAGCAAAAGUGUCAUGGACCGGAAUUUGGAGGUGCUGUGCGUGAGUCAGUUCACCCUGCAGUGCAUACUUAAAGGCAACAAGCCGGACUUCCACUCAGCGAUGCCCGCAGAGUUGGCCCAACCUUUCUACGCCAGCAUCCUGGAGAAUAUGAGGAGUGGCUACAAGCCCGAGCUUGUUAAAGAUGGAAGGUUUGGGGCCUCCAUGCAAGUACACAUUCAGAAUGAUGGCCCUGUUACCAUUGAAGUUGUUUCACCGACUGCUUCUGCAGACCCCAGACAGCUGUCCAAGCAGGAUAAGCAGCAGCAGAGGAAGGAGAAGACACGCUCUAAGGGCCCCUCAGAGUCGGCGAGGGAGAGGGGUGCCCUGCGUUCCCGACAUGACACCAAUGCCAGUAGUGGUGCGGAGGGUGAUGUGUCUUCAGAGAGAGAGACCUAAUCAACCUGGCUGGGUGAGAUCACAAGGAAAAUGACAACUUAAGAUUUGUCCGAAAGGCCCGUCUUAUAGUACGUGGAAAUCAGUGAGAUGUCUUCCACUUAUCCCAGAAGAUCAACCUCCGGUUGGCCUGUUUUUCCUCCCUAGAGUGAGAAACCUUUAAUGACUUGGUGCAAACCAAUUUGCAGAGAUGACCUGAGCCCUCAAAUCUUGGUUUUAAUCUUGGUUUUAAUUGGGGUUUUUGAGAGGAAAUGGUUUGUAUUUAUAUAUGUAUGUACCAUGUGGGUUUUUCUUUGCUCUUACUCUACCCUCUGGCUUUCCUCUUGUAUGUUUUACUAUCGUUGUAUUUGCUGAAUAAGUGUCCCCUGGGAGAAUUAUCACUAAUGUGAUUUCGCAGGCCAGUUGUCCUCAGUAAUUAGCUCGUCAUCCACUGCACAUUGAACUUCACUGCAGCUUGUUUUUAAUUGCCAGUGCAAUCAAACGUGAGUUUGUCGAACAAAUAAAGGAGUUUGUCAAAUAAAUAAAGGCGAUAGUCCAAUCUCAGCAAGAUGUGAA